CAGUGGUCGGUAUGAAAAGCUUUAUAACCGCGUCAACAGCAGCAGUUUCUAUCCACUGUGGAAGAAGGAAGGCGACCGGAGAAACAACAACAGCCAGCAAACAGAGAAAGAGAUAACUGUAUUUCUUUAUCCGGUGUCUGCGGCUUGUUUGUCGCUCUGUUGUCCGAGAGAAGCAGCAUAUGAGGAGGCCAGCGACGGUGGUUUAGUCCCUGAGAUGCAACGGUGGACUUUGUUCAGGCAGUGAGCUAGUUAGCUAACGGCCAGCAGUAAGUUAGCCGUGCUGUGAUUAAUGCUAACUCCUUAACGUUAGCUGGACGGCAAUGGUGGUGGAGUCUUAAAAGUUGAUGAUCUCGCAAUAUUUCGCUUCUGUUCAUCUCAGUCUAAAGAAGAGUUUUUUUUCACUCUCAGUUUUCCUGAACUGACAGCUCCCUCCGUCCAUUCAUUCGGCUGUCCUGAGCCGAGAACAACUCUGAAUAUGGCGAGGGUUUCACACCGAGACUACAAAACUGGCGCUUUUAAAUCACUGGACUGGCACGUUGCCCAGCUAGUGUACCCAAGAUAAACAUUGUUAAAUUGGAAAAUUCAUCAAAUGGCCAAGGAGAGUGACGGAUUUCAUGUGUAUGUCUCACUGCAUGCAAAGGGUUACCACUGCUAAAUGCUUAUAGACCCUUUCCUCUGUUGAAGCUCAACACAUUGAUAACUCUAGACAUGGACUUGCCCUGGAUGUAAAGACUGUCUGGAAAUCUCAAACGUCACAGCUGUGUGAGCCUUGCUGCUGGUCCCCAGAGCUUAUUUGAGGGCCAACAUGUCAAUGUCAGGGUCCACGACUGUGCAGCUUUUCACCAAGCUUGUCAAGCAUGCAGUGGGCAAGGCAGAGAUUCAGCUGAACCGCUGGCUGCAGAGGACUGCCACAGAUGACUGUGACAAAAUUGACAUACUGAUAUGCAGCGCCUUCGAUGAGACAGGGGCCAGCAUUGGAAAGUCAGAUGGAGACCCUGAGGUUAUCUGUGACUCAGGGGGAUCGACCUUCAGCAACAGUGGAGAGUUCAGACACCCAUGCUGUAUCACCACCUUUUGCUUCAAGAGUGCCCUGCUGGCCUGCGUCCUGACUGCUGUGUGCUUCUCCUCAGUUGCACUGGUUCGCCAAUACCUCAAGGACCUCCUGCUCUGGGUGGAGAGCUUGGAUAGCCUCGUCGGAGCCUUGCUGUUUAUAGUUGGUUUGAUUAUCGUGUCUUUCCCGUGUGGAUGGGGGUAUAUUGUUCUUAAUGUUGCAGCUGGCUACCUCUACGGCUUUGUGCUGGGCAUGGGACUUGUUAUGGUGGGAGUUUUAAUAGGUACUUUCAUGGCACACCUGGUGUGCAAACGACUAUUGACUGACUGGGUGCUGAACAAAGUUGGGAACAGUGAACAGCUCAGUGCUGUCAUACGAGUGGUGGAGGGAGGAAGUGGACUCAAAGUUGUGGCCUUAGCAAGACUCACCCCAAUACCAUUUGGGCUCCAAAAUGCAGUUUUCUCGAUCACAGACGUGUCCUUGCCAAAUUACCUGGUGGCCUCCUCUGUGGGUCUGUUGCCCACUCAGCUUCUCAACUCGUACCUGGGCACCACGCUCCGCACCAUGGAGGACGUGAUCGCUGAGCAGAGCGUCAGCGGGUACUUCGUCUUCAGCCUGCAGAUCGUCAUCAGCAUCGGCCUGAUGUUCUACGUGGUGCACCGGGCGCAGGUAGAGCUCAACGCCGCCAUCGCCGCCUGCCAGAUGGAGCUGAAAUCGUCGCACAUGAACGGCUCGUCCACCAAUCACAGCGGCUUCACCUACUGCAGCAAGAGAGCGGCGGCCGGCAGCGGAAACUGCAUCAACGUGGUGUGACCUACCACUCAGUCGCUGAAUUGUAAGACUUCAGAGCCCCUCUAUGUUUAGACGGUGUCUGAAAUGUUUUCGGGGGGUUUAUAAUUUCCAAAAUCUUCUUCUAGCAACACUAUGGAGAAAAACCCUGAAAGUGUACAUCCUUAGUCGGUACGAUGUUUUAGAUGUGUAGACCACGCAACCUUUAAGAAACGGUGCUGAUGGAAGAUGCUACACAUCUUGUUGGAGGUUUUUUUUCUUUCUUUUUUUUAAGGCACUUCUCAACCUAUUAACUUAGUUUACUUUGUUAUAGGAGUUGUCAAUGAAAUGAUGAUAUUUAGAGAUUUAAGAGGUGGCUAAAUGAGUGAGUCCGUACAAACAAUAACUCUAGGCAUUAACUGCCUGCUAACACCAUGAAUGUGCAAUCUGGAGCUUUCUAGAGAACCAAGGAAUUUCCAUUUCAGUGUCAAAGAAAUGCCAACCUAUGCACCUUUCACUUCAUCCGUUUUUAUUUGACUCAAGCUAUUUAUGAUCUGCAUCCAGUGCUAAUUCACGGUACAAAUAAUAAGGGCCUUAUUACUUUUGUAAAAGAAAAUUUGGCUUUUUAGUCCAGUUCCUUUUUUAAGUGUCUUAUUUUUGGACUACGGAGAGAGGGGGGAGCUCUCAGCGAGAACUACUUUGUGAUUUCUGCUGGCUUCCUACCACAUUAGCUGAAUCCGCCUUGCCUGCCCGGACAUGGUUUUGGCGCUUCUGCAGUUUUUUGAUAAGAGCAGCUGGGGAGCAGAGCAGAUUUCACAGCACGAAACUCAGGAAUGUUUCUGCCAGGAAGGUUGAAGUGAUCAUCAGCUCCUCGGUAGCACAGACACACGUUCUGCUACACUGCGCCCGGACCGAGAUGUCAAGCUUUCCUGUUAAUGUUUAUAUUCAUUUUCAAUUAGGUUUUACAUUUGUUUUUUCGUUAUACAUCUUUGGCUGUGAGAUUAUCCAUUAGGAUUAUUAUAUAAUUUGUGUUUAAGAUAGUUGACAAUUCUGUGCAAUACAUCAACAAGCGGUGAUUUAAAUGGCAUGAAUGUGGUAUUUCAGUGCUGAAACCAAACUAAUCAGAAAUGCUCUAAGCAUCAACAUAACACAGAGCUGAGUUUAUUUAAGGUUUUACUUAGAUUCUAUGUGAGUAAGCUAGAUGAGAUAGAGAAGCUGUUAUUUUGUAUGUGCCAUCAUUAGGUAAAGCUUAUCAUGACACUGAGGCUAUAUGUGACUUCUGACGGACAGUAUUUUAUUACUUAAUGUUAAUUAUGGACCGGUUCUUUAUAAUACGACAAAGCUCUCAUUCUGUAGGUUCUCUUGCACAGUCCACUAAACAGAUGUACAUUAUUUUCAUACAGAUACAGUUGGAAGGGGUUUGGUUGCUCAAAAGUUGAAGCUGAUGUGUCUCAGAAGCCGACAAUCAAACACAACACGGACACUAAGUGAUGAAUGUGAUAAUGUUUUUUAUUUUUACAUGAAUUAUUGUGAUGCUGCUCCUCAGACAAAGUCUGGUUGAGGAAUAAUAAGGGCUCCUAUAUGAAAUCUUCAUCUCUGUGUAUUUGUAAUGCUGGCACACAUUUUAGUUUUUCAUUUUUUGUACUAAAGUUUGUUUUUCUUUCUUCAAAGCCAGAUUUAAUGUUCGCCCUACACAUUCCAUGCUGUCAGUCCUCUUCAAAGCUGUAGGGUUAUUGUCAUGCUAAGUGUUGAUUGAAAGGGCCCCUUGCUGUCUGAUUUUAGCAAUAAUGUUUGAAAGCAAAAACAAUGUGAUAGAAAUCAUGAGAUCUGUUGCCAAGUGUUGAGAAGAGCUGUUUACUACGGAUGUUGAAGACUGACUCGUGAACAUGAGGGAACAAAAACUGCUUUAGAGUUGUUAGUCGAGCCAUGUUCGUCUGUAAGGCUGAAUAUAAAUAUUACAGGUUAUUGUUUCAGUGUUCAACCUGCCUGUUGCCUCCCGCUGCCUCCGACAGAUAUUUCUGCUGCCACUUGAGUGAAAGAGACACAGAAAAACUCGAGUCCCGAAACAUACCGAUCCCUCAUUGAUGUUCAGAGAUCAGACCUCUCGUUAUUAAAAUCUUCUAAAUCCAAUUUAGACACGUUUUCCAGUUUCUUACUUGAAAUGAACGGUUAGGUAGAGAGAGAUUAGUUAAUUUUAUGGCUGCAAGAUUUUAUCAAAUCUAGUCACCAUUCAUUUUGUUUAACGGCAUAGAAAUUAUUUUGAGUUCUAGCAGUGACCCCACCCUCCAAACAAAAUGUGAGUCAAUGAAGUCAACGUUAUACCACGUUAAAU